AAUAAUCUGCCCCCUACGAUCAAGACGCCGCUAAAGUGCCCCGUAGUAAUCUAUAUCAAGAAGAUCAAAGGUCACUCAAUUGUGAUUGUCGAAUCAAGUGCCCAUAGAAUUUGACCUUAGUUGUUUCUGUGCCUUUUUUUAAUACAUUUACUUAUUUUGACAGAUAGGUAGGGAAUCACCAUGAUCUCGUUACCCUGUAUAGACUUUUCCCCUGAGACAAAACGUAUUGUUACUGUAGAAUCACAUAGUUAUCUUUUAGAGGGAGGGAGUAGGAAGGGAGAGAGAGGCGGGGUGAGGGUGAGAUAGCCCUGCCCCUCAUUAUCGUAUAAUAGGGGAGGGAAGGUAAUAUUCCUCGGUCAUCAUUUCUUCUGAGCAAGACGAGUCAGGAACACACCACCAGCCAUGGAGAGAGAAGUCCCCGUCAGCUGCAUAGACGCCUACGAAGUUCCACGCUAUGGCAAGAUGGUUCUCGUUCAGCCAGGUGGCGUUUUGCUGCCGGCCGGAUACAAGAAAUUCGCUAAACCCAUCUACAACUUCAAGUACAGAAGCGACGAUAUCUGCUUGUUCACUUACCCCAAAAGCGGCACAACCUGGACGGCCGAAAUCGUCUGGGCCAUGACGCAUAUAAACGAAAUGCAGAGAGCGCUGACAGAAAAUCUCAAUCACAGAUAUUUCUUUAUCGAUAACGACUUCUUCCACGAUCUAGCAGAAGAAGAAUACAUGGAAAAGCUGAAAGCCAAGUGUCCUGAUGCGAAACAAGAAGAUGGCCCCAUCUUGCAACUGACAGCCCUGGAGAAAGGGCGCCGCUUUAUAUGGAGCCAUCUUUCCUUCGAUCUCCAGAAUCCUGACGUCCUUGACAAAUGCAAAGUCGUAUACGUCAUACGUCAUCCAAAGGACAACAUGUUCUCGCGAUACAUGCACUUCAACAAGGUUGCUAAUGCCAGCCUUCCGAUCAUAUUCGAGACGUUCUUGAGUGACAAUACACCCUACGGAAACUACUGGCACCACGUCAGCGAGGCAUGGAAAAGGAGGGACCACCCCAACUUGCACAUUAUGUUCUACGAGGAUAUGAAAGCGGAUAUCAUGGCCGAACUUAAGAGGCUUAAUGAAUUCUUAGGAACCAGUCUGACCGAAGAGCAGCUGAAGAAGGUAGCAGAACACACCAGCUUCAACAACAUGAAGGCGAAUCCUUCAAUGGUCCUUGACAUCGCAGGUUUUAAAGGAUCCUUCUUCUACAAAGGACAGGUGGGUUCCUCCAAGGGACAACUCCCACCAGAACUUGAUGCUCGAAUGGAUGCUUGGAUCAAGGAAAAUGCAGCAAAAGUGGACCCUGCCUUCAAAUAUGCCUCUUGAAUAGAAUAAAAGUUAUAAGAUAGUGUUAAGUCUAUUAUUAAGGUCCUCCUGUCUGUGAGGUUCAUGAGGAUGGUCAUGAGCUGGAACCCAGAGAAGAGCUGAAAUAUUUUGAAGAAAACUCUGGUAUUCAAUAUUACCAAUAGCCAAAUAUUGCUAUGUAGUACUGCCAGAAUGUAAGGCGUUAAGCCUGUCACAGGAAUGGGCAGGCAUAGAGCUGCUCCUGCUAGAGCAAGAACAUUUUCUGCAUCAGAUGUAUUCAACAAUAGAUUAGAAACCAAAAAAUAGCCCAUUAACUUGGACACAAAUGUUUCUUUUCAAGGUAUCAAAAAUAGGAAGAGUACUUGUAUUUCAUUGUCAUAAUGACAACAGGCUAUAAUCUUGAGAGUCAUUUUGGACCAAAC